AUGGUCGCAGAAGAUGUUCAAGCCUCCUCCGCUUCACCAUCUUCCGAUGAUCGUGCUGCAGAUGCCCGCUACAAUGCUGGCGAUGCACUCAGUGAUCCACUGCACAGCGACCUCUCUCGCGUCUCGGUAGCCACCGACAUUGCCCUGGCCGCCCUCUCGACCCUCCCCACGCCUCUACUUGUUCUCUCCUCCCGGAAAACCGUGUUGCUUGCCAACUCGGCCGUUGGAAGAUUACUGGGAGCUGGUCAGGAUGACACUGACAGGACUGCGACAGAUGUGCUCAAGGGGCAAGCGCUGUCGCAGAUUGGCCUUGAUCUGGUUUCCGAUGGCCAAUCCAUCUGGGUAGACUGGGAUAAGUUCCUCGAUAACCUAGCGGAUGGCUUGCAGUCCGUCAGACAAAGUGGGAAGACGGCUUCUACUAGCUCAACAGACUUUGCCAGAGGUCUAUCGCCAUUACAGCAAAACAGAACACAGAAAUGCCCCGAUACGGCAGUCGAUGUCGCCAUCUCCUCCCGCAGUAGCCAUCCUCAACAUCGCUCUCAGACUCAAAGACGGAACAAGCCUCAAGGUGGGCGUAUUCGUGCAACAUGCCGAAUGAUCAUCAGUGUCUGGAGACUGGAUGGACAGCACUUCUUCACCUUGACCUUUACUAGCCUGCCACCACCAUCCUCGCACAAGAAACAUAGCCAGGCACCAGCAGCACAUCGCAACCCAUCCUCAAAUUCCACCAUGUCAUCCCGCUCGUCCCAGUCGCAUACUCCGGGCACCUCAAAUGCCAAUUCACAAGGGACAUGGCCUGCGGAGAAUGCAACCGGAGCAAUGUUUCUCCCAACAAGCGCUCCGGGGUCGUGCACCCCUUCAUCGACCGUGGCCGAUUUCGACAAGGUGAUCAAAAUGAAGAAUGCAAUGCUGAGUGCCAUCGAUAUUCCCCUCGUUGCAAUGUGGAGGGAUGAAAGUGUCGUCUAUCCUAACCUGGCGGCUCGACGGCUGUUGGCUGUUGACGCGGAUCCCACAUCUGAAGACUGUUACGAUUUCAUGUCUAGGUUCCGCCCGUGGUUGCCUGACUUCUCUCGCGAACUUAAGGAGAACGAGAAUCCAAUUAGCGCGUUAUGCCGCACACAGAAAGCCUUCACCGCUUGGCAAAUCGGCCUGGUAAAUGAGCUGACGGGCAAGCAAACCACCUUUGAGGUCAGCGGUCACCCCCUGUUUGACCAAAGGUCGGGCGAGUUUCUGGCUGCAAUGAUUGCUUUCAAGGAUGUCACUUCGUAUACCAACAGGAUUGCGCUUCAAGUCGCUGAAAAGGAAGAGCACUUUCGCCUGAUGUGCGACAUGAUGCCCCAAUUGUGCUGGACGACGACUCCGGAGGGCUACCACGAAUACUUUUCGAAGCGUUGGUAUGACUACACCGGUCUUACACCUGCCGAGUCUCUAGGGCUUGGGUGGAAAUUGCCUUUCCAUGAGGAGGACAUGCCAGAAGCCUUGCGCAGAUGGACGCACUCUCUGGCGACUGGGGAAGAAUACAAAGCCCAGUAUCGCUGUAAGAGAUAUGAUGGUGAAUGGAGGUGGAUGCUUGGACGCGCCUUGCCAUUACGGGACAACAAGACCGGAAGAAUCUUGAAGUGGUUUGGGAGUUGUACAGACAUCCAAGAUAUUGUCGACGCGAAGUUGGCCGGGCAAAGAGAUCGAAAACACCUGAUGGACCUUUUGAAGCAUUCUCAGAUGACCUUAUGGAUCAUCGAUCGGCAAGAGAAAGUUACGUUCUUCGAGGGCACCUUCCUCGCCGAGGACCCGCUCAAAGAGCACGCAGUUGGAAGUUCCAUUUACGACUUACUGGCAAAUUACCUGAGCCCGGAGUGCAUUGACGGUUUCAGGGCCGCCGUCAAACGCACUCUCGAUGGAACUUCCGAUCUAGAAGUGUGCGAAAACGAAGUCGAUUCGCGGUGGCUCCGUUCUAAAAUGGUGCCCUUGAAAGAUAAGCGAAAGUCAAAUGGUGUCGAAGAUGAACACUAUAUUAGCGGUGUCAUCGGAAUUGGCACGGAGGUUACUCAAAUACGGCAGAAAGAACAGGAGAAUAUCCAGUUAUUGGCAAACGAGCGCGCAGCCAAAGAAGCCAGUAAAAUGAAGAGCAAUUUCCUGGCCAACAUGUCCCAUGAGAUCCGAACACCCAUUGCAGGUGUCCUGGGCAUGUCAGACUUGCUGAUGGAUACGGCGCUGAAUGAGGAGCAGAGUGAAUUCGCUCAAAAUAUCCAGAGCUCAGCGAAUUCAUUGCUCACCGUCAUCAACGAUAUUCUCGACUUCUCCAAGAUUGAAUCUGGCCGGCUAGAUAUCGAGGAAGUCCAAUUUAGCCUCAAUAUUGUACUGCAGGACGUGGUCAAAAUGCUCUCGUUCGCAGCCAAGAGAAAAGACCUGGAUUUCGGCAGCGAUAUUCGACUUGGAACGUCGCAAGAUCUCGUUCUGCUAGGAGAUCCAGGCCGCAUUCGACAGAUCCUUACCAACCUCUUGACAAACAGCAUCAAGUUCACGUCAGAUGGAUAUGUCAGAUUGAGUGCAUGCAUCAUCAACGAGGCCGACGAUACAACUACUGUCGAAUUCUGCAUCGAGGAUAGUGGGAUUGGUAUCGAAGAGGAAGUCAAGAAGAGGCUUUUCCGGCCCUUCAGCCAAGCAGACUCAAGCACUGCAAGACGUUUCGGAGGCACAGGCCUCGGUUUGACAAUCUGCAAGAAUCUUGUUGACCUGAUGCAUGGGACCAUCAGGCUCGAAUCAAAACUGGAUACAGGAACCCAGGCCACUUUUUCCAUUCCAUUCAAAAAGCGAGAGUACCGAGGUAAUUCUUCUCCGACUCUUCUUGAUAUGGGAAUGGUGCCGGAAAGGUUGCGGGCUGAAUUGUCUAUCUCCCUGAGUACUUCGUCAAAGGAGGAAAAUCGAAAAUCUCAAAACCUCGCCACGCACAUCAGGAGCCCCAAUGUUCCCAUCACAGCGGCCCAACGCUCGUCAGCUAUCCCACCCGAGUCAGGUACAGAAGCACCAGCUUCGGACCUUCCGCGGGAACAAUUUCACAUCCUCGUCGUAGAAGAUAAUCCUGUGAACCAACAAAUUGCUGUCAAAUUCAUCAAAGCCCUCGGAUUUUCCGUUAACGCUGUCUGGAACGGGAAAGAAGCGCUGGAAUAUCUUUUGAAAGCAACCUCUCCAGAUCUGACUCCUGAACAUUCCAAAGUGUAUCCGAUUCCAUCGUUGAUUCUUAUGGAUGUUCAGAUGCCCGUCCUUGACGGUUACCGCGCCACUCAUAUGCUGAGAUACCAUGCUCCGUUUACGAACAUCACAACCAUCGCCAGGAUCCCAAUUGUGGCGAUGACAGCAUCUGCGAUCCACGGUGAUCGAGAAAAAUGCGAAAAGGCAGGAAUGGACGACUAUAUGGCGAAGCCGGUCAAGAGACCGUUGCUUGAGCAAACCAUCAUGAAAUGGAUCUUCCAGGGACGCAGACCGCCAGAAGCAAAUGCAGACCGCUCCCAAUCGCCCUUCACCCGAGCUUGCACUGAUCAAUCAUCGAGCUGUACCGAGCAUGACGUUGUUCUUACCGGAAUCUUUCCUGGCAUUAACGUUGACCAGGAUAAAAGGGAUCUUGAUGCUCCGACCUACGCAGAAGGGAUAGCCAGUGCGGCGGGUGCAGGGAUUGCCCGCCGAUCAAGCAAAUCUCGAAAAAUCCGCGAGAUGGAGAUUCCAGGAGCUGAAACAGAGGCAAACCGGGCCUCGAGGAGGUUGCACGCAGAAGAUCAAGCGAGAGAUCUGCGCGAUGCCAAAUUGUUGUCUGCUACAAGGGAUGAUCGCGCUCAAAGUCAUAUUACUUCAGGUGACAGCUAUUCCCUCGACACCUCAACCCCUAAAGGAUCGAGUGGCUACCCCGAGGAAGUCCAAGAGGACGCUAAUCGCUUUGCGAUGGCGUUGACUGAAAAAAACAUCUCCCUGCUCAAUCAUGGGCAGGAUUCAGACUUCUUGGUAACAAGGACGUCGUCGUCGAGUGUUUGUUCCGACCGCGUGGAUGUUCCCGAUAUUCCUGGGCCUCCGCCCAAUGUCUCCGGGGAUCUAGCCGGGAUCGAUGCUGAUGCCCAAGCGCUGGUCCAGGCAUUGCUAGAUCAAGCGCAUCAUCAUGACAAGCCCCAUGUUGACGGGCUUCUACCCCGCAAAGGUCGCCGAGACGUUGGUGGUUUGAUGCAGGGAAUGCGACACAACAGCGACUGGAGUACGAGCACCACGAAGCCGGCAAAUCGAGAUGGGGACGCGUCUCGGUCUCCGUCGUUGUUCUGA